AUUCAGGUCCACGUGUGGGGCCCUCAGUGUGGGAGUAGGGGACUGUUCUGGUCUUCUCAGGGUGGGUGGCGGGGAGCUCCCCGGGCCCGGACCCGGGCAGGGUAUAGGGACGGGUCUGGGGGAAGCAUCAUGCGGCGAAGCCCCAGACCCGGUUCGGCUGCACCAUCCCACAAACACAACCCGGAUUUCUACAGCGAUCGCAGCAACAGCUCAGUGAGCGCCACCUCCCGGGACAGUGGCUCUCGCAGAGGCAGCCGGAGGUCACAGGUGGGCUGGAAGCUGUCUACAGAAUCCUGCAGUCCCCAGCCGGGCGGAGCCGGCGGUCUGUGGCUGAGCUCCGCAGCAACAGCCGCAGUAGCAGGAGCAGCCACGGAGCCCUGCAGCCUCCACCUCUCACCCAUGGAGCUUUCCCGGGACCCUCCCGUCCAGCGGCAAUCGAAGAGCCUGACGACCCUUGUCCUCCAGGCGCUGGGAUUUUUUCCCGCCGUGUUUGGAGAAGUCGUGGGAGCCUUCUGCCGGUGCGGGGAGGUGCGUUCUCUCCGCUUCCUGCUUACAGCCUUGCUAUUCUUCAGUGUCUUCACCGCUGUAGUAUGGGGUGCACUUCUGUAUUUUGCCCCUGUCUGGGAUGAGGAAACCAAGGAGUUCCUGACUCUGAGUGAGUACCAUGAGAGAGUUCACUCCCAGGGUCUGCAGCUGCAACAACUCCAGGCUGAGCUUGACAAACUCCACACUGAUGUGUCCAGCAUCCGGGCGGCCAACAGUGAGAGGGUGGCCCAGCUCGUGUUCCAGAGGCUGAAUGAAGAUUUUGUGCAAAAACCUGACUAUGCGCUGAGUUCCGUGGGGGCUUCCAUUGACCUAGACAAGACAUCACAUGACUAUGAGGACAGGGACACAGCUUAUUUCUGGAAUCGGUUCAGCUUCUGGAAUUAUGCCAAGCCCCCCACAGUCAUCCUGGAGCCCGAUGUCUUUCCUGGGAACUGCUGGGCCUUCCAGGGUACUAAGGGCCAGGUAGUCAUUCGACUGCCUGGCCGAGUUCAGCUAAGCGACAUCACCCUGCAGCACCCCCCACCGAGCGUGGCUCACAUUGGAGGUGCUAGCAGUGCCCCCAAGGAUUUUGCGGUCUAUGGCCUCCAGGGAGAUGACAAGACUGAAAUUCUCUUGGGAAAAUUCACCUUUGAUGUGGAGAAAUCUGAGAUUCAGACCUUCCAUCUGAAGAAUGAGCCCCCCCUGGCCUUCCCAAAGGUGAAGAUACAGAUACUCAGCAACUGGGGACACCCACGUUUCACCUGCUUAUACCGGGUGCGGGCCCAUGGGCUUCGGAGUCAUGAUAUGCAGGGAGAAGAUAGCAGGACUAAGGGCGAACCUGUUACUAUUCCUCAUUAAACCUCCUGCUAAAUUCCACAA